AUGCACGGCGGACGAGGCGGCGGGCGCGGCGGGCGCGGCGCCGGCACCGCGGCCGCGCCGAUCACCUUAGACGACGACGCGAUGCGACCGCCCCCCGCGCAGCACGCGAAGGAGCCGUCCGGCGCGCCGCCGCUCUACCCGCCGCUGAUUCGCAUGCCCCCGCCCCCCGUCCCCACGGAGCGAGAGAUGGAGCUCCUGAAGAUAAAGCGCGAGCUGCACGCGUUCUGGCGGAACUCGUGCUACUACCUCGACAGCGAGCCGGAGCGCGGCGAGCACCCCGAGGUCGUCGUGGAGCAGUACGCGGACAAGGUCGAGCGCGAGCGCGCGAAGAGCGCGCCGUCGAAGCUCGCGCGGCUGAGAGAGAUCAUCAAGGACGACGCCGCGUACUUCCCGGCGGAGCUGUUCGCGUGUCUGGGGAUCCCGAGCGGCGGAGACGGCGGGGCCGGAGGCGGCGGGACGGCGGGUGGGAAGGCGGCCUCGGGCGGCGGCGGCGGCGGCGGCGGCGGCGGCGCGCGUGGGAAGAAGCGCGCGAGAGGGGACGCGUCCGCGGCGAGCGGCGACGGCGACGGCGACGACGACGACGACGACGACGGCGGCCGCAUCGGCCGACUCGAGAAGCUCGCGAAGCUGGAGAAGGAGCGCGAGGAGGAAGCGCGCGCGGCCGCGGAGGGCGCGGGCGGCGGCGGAAGCGGCGGCGGCGGGAGAGAGCUCCGCCGCGGGUCGCGGCGCGUCUCUUUCAAGGAGGAGGACAAAGCCGCGGCGGCGACCGGGGGCAAAGCCGGCGGCGGCGCGGGGAAACCGUCGACGUCGACGGACGCGGGGAAACCCUCGGGGGGCGGCGGCGGCGCGACGACGUCGGACGACGCGACCAAGGACGACGGCGACGAGAGCGACGGCGGCAAGGAGGAGGAGGACGACUGGGACGACGAGGACGAAUACCAGCGCGGGGAGACGUUCGACGACGACGACGGGUACGAGGACGACGUCGGGGGCGACGGCGACGACGAGGCGUUCUUUUAG